AUGCGUACUUUUCUACUAGGCAUCCUGUGCGCACCCCUGGCUAUCCUUACAGGAGCCGCAUCGACUUUUUCUCCAGCACGCCCUCCGGCUCUUCCUCUAGCGGUCAAAUCUCCGUACUUGAGUACUUGGCUGCCGGCGGGGAAAGACGGCGGCAAUGGAGGCUACCUUGCAGGGGAAUGGCCAGCGUUCUGGGAAGGCCAAAUAACAGGAUGGGCUGGCCUUAUUCGUGUGGAUGGCCAGGUCUAUACAUGGAUGGGCCUUCCAGGCUCAGCCACUGUGAACCAGACUGCGUAUGAGUACACUUCAACGAAGAGCAUUUUCACCAUGCAUAUUGGUGAUAUGGUAGAGAUGAAGAUAACCUUCCUUUCACCAAUUACACCGAAUGAUCUUCGACGGCAGUCCCUAGUGUUUUCGUAUCUUGACGUGAGUGUCACCUCACUCGACGGCCAGUCCCACAGUGUACAGGUGUACGCUGACAUAUCAGCUGAAUUUGCGUCUGGCGACCGUUCCGCCAUAGCACAAUGGAACUAUGGUGUUACCAGUGACGGCGUAGCCUAUCAUAAGAUCUAUCGCCAGACGCCGCUCCUAUUCUCUGAGCAUAGAGACCAAGCUGAAUGGGGUGAUUGGUACUGGGCAACUGACAAUGUAGCAGGACUCACUUACCAGGCUGGUCCAGAUGUUGAUGUCCGGGAAGCUUUUGCGCGCAAUGGAAAGCUAACCAAUAACAACGACGUCAACUACAGAGCUAUCUCCAACAACUGGCCGGUGUUUGGUUUUGCCCAUGACCUUGGGUCUAUCAGCUCUUCUACUAAGGUGCUUUUCUCAAUAGGGCUAACCCAGCGAGAGGCAAUCCAGUAUAGCGGGAACUCUUCCACCCUUUCUCCUUUGCCUGCUCUGUGGACGAGCUAUUUCAGCACUGCCUUGGAUGCCCUUGACUUCUUCCACCAUGAUUAUCAGAAGUCAAACUCUCUUUCUUCAGAUCUUGAUCGGCGAAUUGCACAAGAUUCCGUUGCCGCUGCCGGUCACGACUACCUUACCAUUACAUCCCUCAGCAUUCGUCAAGCUUUCGCUGCAACCCAGCUGUGUGGGCCAGCAAAUGAUCCGUAUCUCUUUAUGAAAGAAAUCUCCUCCAACGGCAACAUGAACACGGUAGAUGUGAUCUUCCCUGCUCAUCCCGUCUUCUUAUACACAAACCCAGCACUGCUUAAAUAUCUCCUGCGCCCACAUUUGGAGAUCCAGGAGUCUGGAAAUUACCCCAACUCCUAUGCUAUGCAUGAUAUCGGUGCUCAUUACCCUAACGCUACAGGCCAUCCGGAUGGCAAUGACGAGCCAAUGCCGUUGGAGGAGUGCGGUAAUAUGGUGAUCAUGGCUCUAGCAUAUGCGCAGAAGGCCGGGGACACAGCGUACCUGGAAAGCCACUACACAAUACUGAGACGUUGGACGGACUACUUGAUCGAAGAUUCUCUUUAUCCGGCGAACCAAAUAUCGACAGAUGAUUUCGCAGGUCCAUUGGCAAAUCAAACCAACCUCGCCCUGAAGGGAAUCAUCGGUAUCGAGGCCAUGUCUGUCAUCGCUAGCCUGACAGGAGACUCUGAUGAUAAGAUGAAUCUCACCAAUUACGCCCACGAUUACAUCGAAAAAUGGCUGAUUUUGGGAAUUGCACGUAACACAACGUAUCCGCAUACAACAUUGUCGUACGGAUCAAACGAGUCUCAUGGACUCCUGUACAACCUUUACGCAGAUCGCGAGCUAGGCUUGAACCUGGUCCCGCAAUCUGUGUAUGACAUGCAGAGCAACUUCUACCCGACAAUCAAGGGUCAAUACGGAGUGCCACUGGAUACCCGCCAUCAAUACACGAAAGGUGAUUGGGAGCUCUUCACGGCGGCAGUCGCAUCAGUAAGCACACGAGACAUGUUCAUCAAACUACUUGCCCAGUGGAUAAACGAGACGCCAACGAACCGUCCACUUACGGAUCUCUAUGACACUGUAACCGGAGACUACCCACCGGUAGUUUUCAUCGCUCGACCUGUCAUGGGCGCGGCAUUCACUUUGUUGCUUCUCGACUGAAAUUCUUUCCAGGUACAUACAUGCUUUAUCAGGACAAAAGAGCGGCUAGGCGGUCCAUUCCCAGUAUUUGUGUUAGAUGUGAUAUAUAUGGUCGUGUUUAAGUUGUGUAAUAUUGUGUGGUAGUAUAUAGCAUCAGUUAUAGCCUUUUU